AUGGAGUCUGACAUCAGGGCCGUGCUGCCGGAUGUCGACCCCGUCGUGUCCGAGUACUCGGCCGGAUACCUGAGGCAUGCCUCCAUGGCAUGGACCGACGAGGAGGAGGCCACCGGGCUGUCGCCGCUUGCCGAGGCCGCUGUCGCCAUCACGGAGCUGCUGGUGUCCGCCUCCGGCAAUGCGACCGGCGCUGAGCAGAAGAAGAUCCAGGACUUGGUAGCCAAGUGGGUUGAGAAGUACGAGGCCGUCAAUAACGAAAAUGGUGAGCGCAGAGGCCCCUCGGCCGCGAAGCGCUUGGAUCAGGCCAUUCAGGUCGGCGCCCAGCGCAACAUGUCGUCCACGCUCGCUGUGGCCACUGGCAGCAUUGAUCUGGAGUCUGCCAACCAACGCAAGGUUGAGUCCAAGGUCGAUCGCAAGAAGCUGGAGAAGGCCGAGCGCAAGAUUGCUGCCAAGCAGAGCAAGAAGCAAUUCAAGAACGUCGAGUACGAGGCCUCCAGGCUCUUGGACCAGCCCGACUCUACGCAAUCGUACGAGGAAUUUUACAUGGCUGUCAACCCUCUCCAGCUGGGCGGCAGUUCCAGCAAGAGCAAGGACAUCAAGAUCGACAGCAUCGAUGUGUCCAUUAGUGGUCAGCGUAUUUUGACGGACACUACUUUCACUCUGGCUUACGGACAUCGCUAUGGUUUGGUUGGUAACAACGGUGUGGGUAAAUCCACGCUUCUGCGCGCUUUAUCACGAAGAGAGGUUCCUAUUCCAACGCACAUUUCCAUUCUGCACGUCGAGCAAGAGCUUUCUGGAGACGACACACCUGCUAUCCAAGCUGUUCUGGAUGCCGAUGUCUGGCGAAAAGUCCUGCUCAGAGAACAAUCAGAAAUCACCGAGAAGCUUGCAGGUAUCGAGGCUCAGCGCUCUUCAAUGGCUGAUACCUCGGCCGAUGCAAGCAAGCUGGACCGGGAUCGUGAGACUCUCGACAACAAGCUAGGUGACAUUCAAGACAAGCUGGCGGAGAUGGAGUCGGACAAGGCAGAGUCCAGGGCGGCCAGUAUCCUUGCCGGUCUUGGUUUCUCCCCAGAGCGUCAGCAGUUUGCCACCAAGACCUUCUCUGGUGGUUGGCGUAUGCGUCUUGCCCUCGCCAGAGCACUGUUUUGCGAGCCUGAUCUGCUGCUUCUUGACGAACCGUCCAACAUGUUGGACGUUCCGUCCAUUACUUUCCUUUCCAACUAUCUGCAGGGAUAUCCCAGUACUGUCCUGGUUGUUUCUCACGACAGAGCAUUCCUUAACGAGGUUGCUACUGACAUCAUCCACCAACAUUCCGAGAGACUCGACUACUACAGAGGAGCCAACUUUGAGUCCUUUUACGCCACCAAGGAAGAGCGUAAGAAGGUCUACCAACGAGAGUACGAGAAUAACGUGGCCCAGCGCGCUCAUCUCCAGGCCUUUAUUGACAAGUUCCGAUACAACGCUGGAAAGGCUGCCGAAGCACAAUCGCGUAUCAAGAAGCUGGAACGCAUGCCAAUUCUCACACCACCAGAGCAAGAGUACAGCGUCAAGUUCAAGUUCCCCGAUGUGGAGAAGCUUUCGCCGCCAAUUGUACAAAUGUCGGGUGUCACUUUUGGCUACAGCGAAGACAAGAUCUUGCUCAAGGAUGUCGACCUUGAUGUCCAGCUUGACUCUCGAAUCGGUAUCGUGGGUCCCAACGGUGCGGGUAAGACGACAAUUCUCAAGCUCCUUAUUGGCAAGCUGUCGGCUACCCAAGGUCUCAUCUCACAACAUACACGACUCCGAAUUGGUUUCUUUGCCCAACACCACGUUGAUGCUCUCGACCUGACCAUGAGCGCUGUCAGUUUCAUGGCCAAGGAAUACCCAGGCCGAGCUGAAGAGGAGUAUCGAAGACAACUUGGUGCUUUCGGUAUCACUGGUACCACGGGUCUUCAAAAGAUGGGUGUCCUGUCUGGUGGUCAAAAGUCUCGUGUUGCCUUUGCCUGCCUGGCCCUCACCAACCCUCAUAUCCUGGUUCUCGACGAACCUUCUAACCAUCUUGAUAUUGAGGCAAUGGAUGCUCUGGCCGAAGCUCUGCAGCAGUUCCAGGGAGGUGUACUCAUGGUUUCUCACGAUGUCACAAUGCUUCAGACUGUAUGCACGAGUCUAUGGGUGUGCGAGAACGGCACCGUAUGGAAAUUCCCUGGAGACGUGCAGGCAUACAAGAAGAGAAUCGCAUCCCAGGCAGACGCUUCUGGUGUUGUCAAGGCUCAUUAG